AUGGGGGGUACUGAGAACCCCCUUACCUCAGGUGUACGUACACCUGACGAGAAAUGGUUUCCAAGAGCAGUCCUACCGGCUGGAGAGCCGCGAUUGUGGGUUUUUUGCUUUCCGGGAGCGGGUAUGGAGGCCUCCGUAUACACCGGAGUGGGCACUUCUUUAUCUCCCAUGCCGAAUCCUCUGUGUGAAUUCGCACAAAAGGAGGGAAUUGGAGUCCUCGGCGUUCAGCUGCCCUUCAGGGGACUCCGCAGAAAAGAAGAACACCCAAAAACCAUUCAGCAGUCGGCAAAACUGGCGUUGCAAGCCAUGAGGCCUCUGAUAGAGAAGAAGGGCGGCACCCCCUAUAUGCUCGUGGGCUAUUCAAUGGGGGCUUGGAUUGCCUAUGAAGUUCUUUGUUUGCUGCAACAAUAUCAUUUGGCGCCCCCUGUUCAUUUUGUUGCUGUUGCAAUGGUUAGCCCCGACUUGCCUAUACACCUCAGGCCUUGGAAACGUACAGCAAGCCUCGACACCCAAGGAUUUCAAGUGCGUUUUUCAGGUGAUCAACUCCGCGCCUGGAACUGCAACGAAAUUCUAUUUCAAAAAGACAUGUGGGCAGUGUACGAACCUUUGCUGCGGGCUGACCACAAUAUGUUGGAUGAAUACAAAUACACAGACCUGCAGAAGCCUUUGAAUGUUCCCAUUUCUGUUUUUCGUGGGGACAGAGAUAAACAGCUCGCUGAUGUGUCUCUCUUUUCUGGCUGGUUUAACCUCCUGCGCCAUCAAAACACCAGCAGCAACAGCAACACCAGCAGCAACACUGUUGUUUCAAUCCCUGGGGACCACGGGCUGGUGUUCAAUGCAGCAGACCGCGCAGCAUUCUUCAAUAAAGUGGUGGAAGUGUUGGACAGCGUCUUGCUGGGCAUAGAGUACGGCCAGUGA